AUGCGCGCCGCCCGCUCUCUCCCGGACUUACCCGAUAUUGACGGCACAGAGACAUUCGAUGCCCUGGUGCGGAAGCUGAGCGUGUGAGACUUCCUCCGGAGGCUGGAGGGAUUUUCCGCUGACGCGGAGCGCAAUUCAGGUACUUCGUGCAGGCGAUUGAGGCGCCUCAUGAAUGGGACGAGCUACGAGGAGAGGUCUACGGGAUCUUUCUGAGGCCUUUGACUCGGUAUCUGGUUGAUGAUGUCCAGCAUGAGGCCAUCGUUUGUGCGCUCCUGUAAGCGCCACACGCGCGUGUGAGGACGGGGAGCCAGGCUGACGAGAGACAGAGCGUUGAAAUGGCAUUUUGACGCCUUGGAGCAUGGCGACGACCGUGGAAUCAACGAGACCAGAGGUUUGGCCUGUGAGUUGGUGGCUUGGUGAGUGCGCAUUGACAGGCUCUGGUAGGAAACGUGAGCAAGAUGAGCUAACAAAUCCAGGCGGUUCGUCACUCAUCUGACACAAAGGGAAACUAUAGACUUUCUCUGCCGGGACUUGCCAUCACCAAGACGUGAUCCGUGCCCAAGAGAAAGCAACGGUGACCUGCAGGCCGCAGAUUUGGAUGGGAAUCUGGAAGAGGCGGUUCACGAGCGAGCGCCGCUCUUGGACGCUUACUCGCCAAACCUGGAAGAGUCGUUCUACGACGAGCAGCCACAAGACUCCGAGUAUGGAGAGCAAUCUGGGUUCGCCUCUACAUUUGCCAAUCUGAACGCCUUGGAGAUUGCGGCCGUCUCGAAUGCGAAGAAGUUCUUGGGCCAGAAGUCGAUCCAGCAAAUCAUCGAUGGUAUCUGGAAAGGCGAAAUUGUCUUCUGGGAGACGCUUGGCACUCACUCUAAAAAGGAAGCCAAAGUGUAUCGAAAGAGCCACGCGGAUCCAUUCUGCCGACUCAGAGUGCCGUUGUACCUCAAGGCAUUUGAAGUCCUCUUUUUUGCGGCAUUCCUGGCCCUAUACUAUGUGGUCCUUGUCCAAAAGCACGCGAACAGUGUCACUGUUCCCGAAAUUAUGCUUUAUGUCUGGCUGGCGUCCUUCUCCUACAAUGGUACGACGACCUCUAGAGAUGUCGAGAUGUCGCUGACGAUUUGUAGAGUUGGUGGAGUAUUGGGACGCAGGUUCAAUCUUCUAUGCAACCGACUUCUGGUCCCUCUGGGACCUUGGAAUCAUAUUUGUAGGCAUUGCUUUCUUCACUACGAGGAUGCUUGGCCUAGUAGACCACGAUGGUGUUGCGACCGAUGUGGCUUUCGACAUCUUGUCGAUUGAGGCAUUGUUUUUGGUGCCUAGGUAUGCUGGCCAGUCAGCCAUGGUCGAGGGGAGACGAUUAACAUAGAGACAGGAUAUGCUCACUCCUGAGCCUCCACCCCUACUUCGGGAUGCUGCUACCUGUCCUGAAGGAGAUGGUGAGAGAGCCGUUCAUUACGUAAGCCAAGUCUGCUAAUUUUCCGCCUAGACCAAGGAUUUCAUCAAGUUCCUCGGACUCGUCGCGAUUCUCUACCUGGGUAUGUGGUGAUCGAGGAAUAUGGAAGUCUAGAGCUCGAUGCUGAUGCGGUGCAUGCAGGCUUCAGCACCAGCUUCUCUUUCCUCGCGCGCGGGACUUUCACUUUCAGAGAGAUGGUGCGUCACCUCCGCCCACCAUCAGCGGGUAGUUGGGGGCCUUCCUGUCAUACAACGCGGGCCAACAAGCGCAUGAGGCGCGAGGCGCAUAUGCAGGCGCCCGUGUGACAGUGUCCCGAGGGUGGCCCCGUGACACCUGACGAAAGGAACUCAUUGUGACUGAUGUCGAACAGAAUUGGAUACUAAUCAAAGUAUUCUUCGGAUCGAGUUAUCUUGGCUUUGUAAGUCAAUAAUGACUGCAGAUCGGCCUCUCCGUUUGGUUUGUGCUAAUGCCCAUGCAGGAUAUCGCGGACCAGGUAUUCUUCCGUGCUGGACCUUUGCAUGACGGCUCAACACGCCGCCAACUAACACGAAAUAGAUUUCUCCAGCCCUCGGACCACCACUCAUGUUCAUUUUUGUGUGCAUGACGAACAUUCUCCUGAUAACGUCGCUGAUCUCGCUGUUGUCAAACAAGCUGGAUUCGGUAAGUCGUCCCUCUGGCGUACGGCGCUUAAAUGAUUGGCUGACAAGCUCUCCUCUUUUCCUACCCAGAUCAUGCUCCACGCACGGGACGAGUACCUUUUUGUGUAAGUCACAGCCCCCCGAGCAAAGCCUCAGUAUCCAUACUCACUGCCUCGCUCGAAUUGCAGGUAUGCGGUCUACGUUCUGGAAGCCGCGACAUCGAAUCGUUUGACAUUCUUCCUUCCGCCUUUGGUAAGUAUGAAUUCCACAGUGAUGACGAUCAGGGAAGACCCGCCAGCUCCAUCAUCCUACACGAUGUACGGUGCCUGCACCGCCUCAUGUGACCAAGUGCCAUGUCGUCAGGGCGGCCUGGAGCCGACUGAUCACGCUGUGCCUCAUGGCAACCUCACCCGGCCCAGGGAGCGAAUUAACUGAGCCACAUCUCGUUGAGUUGUUGGUUCUCUGCGCAUCUCCGCAUAUGCGGGUCCUGAGCUGCCACACCUAUACACAUCUCACAGUUCGGUUCAGUGAUGGCGGGCGUUGUAUCGCAUCAUCUGACCGGCAUCGAGCAAGAGCUGACUCCUUCUCGUAGAACCUGCUGCCUCUAAUGCUCCGUCCACUUCGGUUGAUCGUCUCGCCUCAGCAACUCAGGAAUGCUCGGAUCGUCCUGCUCAAAGCGACCCAUUGGCCAUUUGUGCUGGCACUGUUGGGCUACGAGCGCGGGCGCUUAUGGAUGGACGAUCGCCUUCCUGCCGGCUCCUCUGUCGGAUCAGAACGGCUGAGCCGCAACGCUCCCAGUGCCCUGCGCCGUCCUCUGUCCCGGAAAGCAUUCUCGACAACGCGCCCCCCGCUACUCGGCGAUCAGCCGCGUCCUGGCAGAAGUGCCGCAGUGGCUGCUGCGGACGCGACUCCACCAGCGUCUCCUGAAACGGUGGAGGGACUGCAUGCCGCUGUUGCCAAUCUUCGCACGCAAGUCGAGCAGCUGUCGACGAUGCUAUCGCAGGCGAGGGCGACUGCAGUCGAGGUGGGAUCGUGA